UCUUCCUUGUUUAUUUAAGGAAGCAGAAUUGCUUCUGUUGUUUUCAAUUUCUUGGCUUUUCCUAAUAAUAGUUUGAUGGAUGAUUAUGUAGCUAAUUUUCCUGAGGAUAUAGUGAAUGAGAUUUUGUUGAGGUGUCCUGUCAAGUCGAUGUUGCGAUUUAAAUGUGUCUGCAAGAACUGGUAUGUCCUUAUCAAAACCCCUGAUUUCGUUCAACAACACUUGAAGAAGAAUCGUAGGCCACCAAAUCGCUUGAUUUAUGAUUAUGAUAAUGGUGAUGAUGAUGAUGAUUACUGUGGUCCCAUGACUUUGAUUUCUGAAGAAAAUUUCCAAACGUUCCUAGGUAUGCAAUACCUCAUAGGUUAUGUGGACGGCUUGUUCUUAAUGUACGGACAAAUUAAUAGUGCCAUUUCUUGUGCAUUGUGGAAUCCUGCUACUAGGGAGGUGAGAUCCCUCCAUUUCCCAUCACCCAUAAUGGAUUCUCCCAUAUUCGAGUACUCUCCUAACUUCGGUUUGGGAAUAGACCUCUUGACUAAUGAUUAUAAAGCUGUUUACUUUCUUGACUAUGAAGCAGCAGUCUAUUCGUGUCGUAGGGACUCAUGGAGAGUUUUCAAAAUUGAAGAUUUCGACAAACCACCCCCAUUUGACAAAGAGGUGAGACGCACAUAUGGUACUGCUUAUUUGAAUGGAAAUUAUUACUGGCUGCUAAUUAAUAACAAUAUCAGCACCAUUCUUUUAUUCAAUUUUGGGAGAGAAAUGUUUGAAGAGAUUGAAGGGCCAGAUCUAGAUAGUAGUGAACAUCCUUUAGUUUUUCAUUAUGGUAUGAUGUUGUUUGAUGAUUCCAUUGCCAUCUUGAACACCUCCUCGAAAGUGGAGAAAAGAUUUUAUUAUGAUAUAUGGGUAAUGAUCCAACCAGGGGUUUGGAACAGACUUAUUACCUUUCAAUGUUUCCCAGUUAUUAUCUCUUGCUAUGAUAGCUCUCUCAUUUUUGUAACUAGAGCUUCUCGGCUGUUCUCCUAUAAUGUUCGGACUAACAAGACAAGACAUCUUGGAUUUCAUUAUUCGCGCUUGAAAGAUGGUGCAACAUAUGGUGAUGGUGGUUGUGGGGUUUAUUAUUAUAAGGAAAGCUUAAUACCAAUUAAACAACAAGAGUUGGACCAUUAA